AACAACAAGAAUGUUGCAAUCAGAUAUAUUAUUUAUUGCCUUGAACAUUGUGGUAAGAUGUAUCUCAUCCUUCUACAUGAUCAUUCCAGAUUGUGAUGAGACAUUCAAUUACUGGGAACCUCUCAGUUUGUUGAUCCGUGGGUUUGGAAAACAGACGUGGGAAUACUCUCCAGAGUUUGCAAUCAGAUCAUAUUCUUACCUAUUACCUUAUUAUGUUUUGACGUAUCCGUUUGAUUAUCUUGUCAAUCUUUUCCAGUUUCCGGCUUACUGGGACUUCUAUUACAUAAGACUCUUUUUAUUGAAUGGGUUUACGAUCUACUGUGAAAUCAAACUUUUCCACUCGUUGAAGAGAAACACAAAUGCAAGGAUUGCUAAAAGCUACUUGUUUUUAAGUUCAAUGUCUACGGGGAUGGCUCAUGCUGGAGUUGAGUUCUUACCCUCUUCUUUUGCUAUGCAAUGUGUCACUAUUUCAUUAUCUUAUGCCUUAGAGGAUGUUAGUGUCGAGUCUGCUGUCGCUAGCUUGACUUGGAUUAUGAUUGGCGGUUUGGUUGGAUGGCCGUUUUCAUUGGUAUUGGCUGUUCCAUUUGGAAUGAACGUUGUGCUCAGUCACUUUAACAAGGUUCCAGCCAUAGUACUAAGGUCAUUGGUCAAUUUGAUAGCAAUUUUGACCAUUAUAAUCGCAGUGGACUCAAUUUUCUACAAGAAAUACGUGUUGAUACCCUUAAAUAUCGUUUUGUAUAACGUGUUUGGUGGAGAAGGUGAAGGUCCUGAGAUUUUUGGUGUGGAGCCUUUGAGUUAUUAUAUCUUAAAUCUUCUACUCAACUUCAACAUUUUUGCUAUUUUGGGGUACUUGGGCACUAUAAUAACUUUCAAAUGGAACAAAAACUACUUUGUCAUUAGUAUGCCUUUAAUCAUAUGGUCCGGGAUUUUCUUCUCCCAGCCACAUAAGGAAGAAAGGUUCCUUUACCCAAUAUAUUCAUUGAUUCUUGUUAAUGCUGCUAUAUCGUUAGAUUUGAUCUUCACAGUCACCAACAAUAUCAUUCUUAACAUUACCAAAAAUACAGCCUUAACAGCGGCUAUACUUCGGAUAGCGUACGCAGUUGUAUACGGAUUAACAACGACCUUGUCUCUCUCGAGGACGAUAAAUUUGGUGGAGAAUUAUAGUGCUCCAUUAAUUGUUCCCAAGGCAUUAGCAUCAUCAUCAUCAUCAACCAAUGUAUGCAUCGGGAGAGAGUGGUAUCAUUUCCCCAGCUCAUUCUUUUUACCUGAUAAUCACCGUCUUCGGUUCAUAAGAUCAGGAUUUGAUGGGUUACUUCCUAGAGAUUUUGAAGAAGGUGUCGACUUUUUUGAAGCUACCAGCUUCAUUCCAGAAGACAUGAACAAUAAAAACGUAUUUGUGGACUCUACCGUGAUAUCAUUUGAAGAGUGUGAUUACUAUAUUGACAAUUCUGGAGUCACAAAUUGUAUAGAGCCUUCAGUUGGUGAGGACGCUAAUUGGGAGGUAGUGGUCUGCCAUAAGUUGAUAAAUCCAGAAGGUGAUCAUCUGGGAAUUGGCCGACUUUUAUAUAUUCCCAAGCCGUUGAGACAUUAUAUUCCUUAUAACGUGGACUACAUGGAAUACUGUCUCUUCAAGAGACAACCGCCAGUCUGAGUUGGCAAGAAAAAUUUACAACGAUACGGAAAAUGAAACUUUGGUAUAAAUUGAGGCUCUAGUAAAUAGGUGUCACUCUCUAGCAAAUAGUCUAGACUAUAUCUUCAAAACUAAUCAAAUAAUAGAAGGCAUUUUUUUCAAUUCUAGGGGGACCGUAUGGACGAUUAUACCGAGCGGUUCAAGUUAGCACGGCUACGGGUGAAGAAUUGAGUUGGGUCAACACAAUAAAAUGGUUCAAUCAUAAUUCAUCAUCAAAAUAUUCAUUAAGGGCCUUUUCUGAUUUUUCAAACCCAUCUUUUGCUUUCUCAAACGCAUCCAGGAUUAACAAUACCCAGUAAUCAUCCAGGUCGGUAUCAACAGUUGAGGUUGGAGAUAGUUCAAAGUUAUCACAGUUAAUUUUAUGACCAUAAUUUUGGAUUCUUUCACAUUGGGAGGAAAUUUUUACCAAUCCAAGAGCAGCAGCACUACCCUUCAAAUAGUGACCCAAGGAGCUUAAUUUAUCUAGGUUUUUGGAUGCUAAAUUUUCAUCGAUUUCUUCAAAGGUAUCUUCUACUUGAUCCUUGAAAGUUUGAAAUAAAUUUUUGGAGAAGCCUUCUUCAUCUUCAUCCAUGGCAAUCAAUUCUGAAAACACAGGCCACACCACCAAGUCAGAAUCUUGCAACUGCUGUUUUUUUUCUUCGGACAUGUUUGAUAUGAUAUGUGUUACCACUGAAGAACUUAAUCACAGGGGGAUUUUAUUCAAAAAAAAAAAGACAAAUAAAACGGAGGUGGAGGGAGGUAAAAACGGUCAAAUAACAAGUAUAAACGACAGUCUUUGGAUGUAUCUUACUUUCUGGAUACAAAAAGGCUCUCUUACAAGUCAAUUGACUUUGUUAGAUGGUUGUUCACAAAAAAAUGUAAAAAUUCACAAGGGAUUUAAUUCCUCACCGAAAACUCGAACAAAACAACCAGACCAGCACAAUAAAGAAUUACACAACAAAUUUAGUAUGCAAUUAAUAAGGGAGAUGUGGUAGUAAGAAUCUGGAUGAUAUAUUCCCAGCGUGACCAAUGGUAUAAGGAUAUAAAGUGAAUAGGUUACUCCAAACCAGUAGGAAGAAAAAAUGGAUAAAUUU